AGCCCGAUACGAAAACGGAGCUUCAAAACUCAAAAGAGUUAAGGGCGGGCCUAAAAGCUACCGAAAUUUAAUUUCCCGCUCACAAACCCUUGAAACUAUCUCCCUCCAUUUUCUUUAUUGUUUCCAAUUUCCUUCCACAUCUAGGAGAAUUGCCAAGCGGGCCCUCCUUGCGAUUUUGCUCCCCAAAUCUUGAGCCUAAGAGAUCUGUCGCAUGAAUCUUGGGGUUGGGGAUUUUCUUGCAGCUUUAAAUCUUCGGCGCUUUCCUUUUUGGGUGUCUCUCAAGUGAUAAAUUUGUGAUUUUUCUUGGUGAAUCAUCCUGCGUACUUGAGGGUUUUGGCAUUUUAGGUGAUAAAAAUUCACUUUUUUUUUUUUUUCAUUUAGUUUUUUGUUGCACAGGUAAAUUUUGUGAUAAGGGGUUGUGGGUUGUGUUGAAUUUUAGAAGCAUUUUUUUUUCUUUUUAAUUUUUAACUGAUAUAUUUAUCUCGGACUAGCACAGUUCGUGAUGAGAGAAGAUAGCAUUUCUGAUGGAUCUCAUAAGCCACGGUCUGUUUUUAGAGAUGUAACAAACCAGCUUGGCAAAAGGAGUUCAUCUUUGAUUUCGGGCAAAAAACCUGGAGAUAGGGAGAGGGAGAACUUAGGAACCAAGCGUGUUCUUGAAAGUGAUGGAAACAGUGGAAAAAGAGCUUGUCUUUCGCCCCGAGAAUCUGUUGAAAAUAAUCCUUUGACAAGGAAUGCUAUAGUUGAUAGUUUAAAGAACCCUGUUGGAAGCAAGACCCUUGAUGUUUCAUAUCUUGAUAAACACAAUGCUAUUACUAGGAGUGUUAGUGAGGGCUUAAGGAAAGGGUAUGUAGCUGGCAUCUCGGGGGCAACAGGUGUGUCGGGUUCAGAAGGUCAAGAUGUUGGGAAAACGUUUGAAGCUAGUGGAGACAGAGCCAGUUCUGAAAGCACCGAAAGUGAUACUAAUGGAUGCCAGAAUGAAGGUGAGGAGCAUGGUGCUGAAAAUCUGGUUAUCAGUCAGUCGGGGUCAAUUGACUAUUCAAGAUUUCUUGAGUCACAGGAAUCACAGGUUGAACCCGAGAAAUGCACAGAACUUAAGGCUAUUGAUGGUUGCUCUGAACCGGUUAUAGGCAUUGACUCCACCAAAACUUGCCCGUGCUCUUUUUGCACCAAAGCUGCUUACAUGUGGUUAGACCUCCACUACCAGGAUGCAAAGGGCCGAAUAGCUGCAUUAAAGAAGAGUCAGAAAGAAGCAAGCAUUUUAGUCGAAAGAAGUUCCAAAGGCAAGGCACCGCAGAAAUAUGGUACAGUACAUAACAGUGAUGUGUCUAACUUGGAAUUGAGUUUAUGGGGUCAGUGGAGGUCUCUCUUUUUACAUAUGGAGAAUAUAUACGAGUGUGAAAUCAGCCAACUUGAGUCUAGUUUACUCUCGUUAACUGAUCUCAAGGAGAGAUGCAAGGCAGAACUGGAAUUGAUUAACAAGGCGCCUCCAGAGCCACCCGAGCAUUGAUAUCUUCUUGCCCCGUCUUCCUUCCUGUGUCUGUAAUUUUACCCGUUUGAAUUCUGGGGUUAGCCUCUUGUUAGCCUGUAUCUGUAAAGUAGGUGAAAUUGUGAGGUUGUGCUCUAGUUUGGUUUGAAACCAAUCAAUGUAGUGAACAUUUAGGAUGGAUUCUAUGUAGAAUUCAUUUCAGGUGUUUUCUUGUUUUCUGGCAUUUAAGGAUGCAUUUUCUGAUUUUCUCAA